AUGGCGGCGGAAGAAGACGAAGUUGACAUCGACAUUGAAGGGGUUGUAGAAGGCGAAGGUUUGAUYGACUACAAAGACAUGAUAGAUAAUACGGGCGAUAUCAACUAUAACAAAAAAGGAAMUUUAGACCGCCCAAGCUCUUCCUUUUUUUCGGAGUUUUGUGAUCCUAGUUCAUGGUUUGUCGACCCCAAUUCAGUCCUGUCAUUGGAGCAAUGUGCAGAUGAAAAAAGUAGAGCAACUAUUGAGAAAAUGAUUUUAGAAGAAGAAUUAUAUUCACAUGGCUAUGGUAGAAUGCUUGAGGUCCCAACCACACCUGUAUCAGGAUCAAGCAAAACAUCUUUGUCUUCAAAAAAAUACAUGUAUGGAAUGUCACAGGUGUAUGUUGAUCCUUGUGUUUUGUAUAGCAAAGAAAAAAAAAAUGGAUUUUUCACCCUUUUCAUWUUGAUCAAUUUCUUCUUCAGAAAUAAYGUUUCUYUCAAAUCCAAGAGAUGUCUUCCAAGUGAAAAUAUAUCAACUCACAGGAAACCUUGGACCAAAGAGGAACAGCAGCUUUUUGAGAUUGGUCUUAAAAAGUAUGGCAGAAGUUGGACAAGGAUAGGCUCCAUGAUUGAUUCAAGAACUGUCCUUCAAGUCAAGAACUAUGCAAAUCAGUAUUUUAGAAAUAGGGAAAAGUGUAAAUCAGGUAAUGAAGAUCAUCUAAUAKCAUGUGGCUUGAAUGGUUCCUCUGAAAUGCUUGAAUCACCAACAGAGUACAUGACCGCAAUCAAAACUCCAAUUGAAACAGGAUCAUUAGUACACAUUGAGAAGACUAGUGAUGAAGAAGAAAUUGAGGUUGAUAUUGAUGGUGAAGUUGAGAGUACUGUAAGCAACCAAGGCAAUGUCAAUAAUGAAGUGUAUGAAGCUUUGUUGAAGUCAGCAAGUGACUCUCAGGAUUCUGGAAGUGAUGAAGAGGAAUUAGUGAAUCAAGAGGAAACUACAUUAAUGUCUGACCAAUCACAUGAUCCAAAAAAUGUUGCUAUGAAAAGAGCUGAUGAGACUGACCAAUCAGAUAAAAGUGAGAAUAUUAAUAUGGAAACAUCAACUCCAAUUGAAACUAAGGAUGUUACUAUGSAAACGUUAAACAUCAAUCAAUCACACGAUGAAGCUUCAAAAAAAUGUAAAGAAAAAAAUAUAWMUUGUACAGAAAUCACMGAUUCUAAAAGUGACAUUAAWUGUAGCGAGAUGAUAGAAGCAAAAACAGACGAUGCGUGUUUCAAGGAGAAUGUACUCGCAAAUUUGGAUUCAGAUUUAUAUGACAAUCAAAAAACUAGUGAGGACAGCUCUAAUUGUAAGGAUGCAGUCCCUGCUAUGGGUAAAUCUCCUGAUCGGGAAUGUACAUCUUUUGGGAAUUGUACUGAAAAUACUUUAAGCGAUUCAAAAAGACCGCCCUUGCAAGACGCAAGUCAMAUAAACUUACAGAUCAACAGGGAUGAAAUUCAUGAACUYGAAAAAGUUUGGAACCAAGAAUUUUUCCGCUUGGGACGAUCAUUAAAAACACCAAGUCGAUACAAGAAAAUACGAAAUUAUAUACUGGACAUGUGGGAUAAAUCUAAACCGAAUUAUCUGUACAAAACGUCUGUUCGCUCUGGUUUAAAGAACUGCGGUGACGUCAAUUCUAUCGGACGGGUACAUGCAUUUCUAGAAGACAUUGGGGCAAUCAAUGGAGGUUGCGCUGAAAGACCAAGACAGAGACAACGUCAAACCUCGGAGAAUGGGAAUGAAGUUGACGUUCUCCCUGCGCCUAUGGAAUCAUGGGUAAAUUUUUUGCGUCCAAGAAAACGACGAGGAAAGGACGUGUCAGGUGAUUGGGUAACGGAGUCUUCAGCUGAGGGGUUGACGACUGAACAUCCUCCGAUAUGCAACGAAGAUCAACAAGAAGUUCCUGACCAACCUACCAAACGGCCAAGAUCAACCAGAAAAAAGAACUCGUAUAACCCUUUCCUUUUGGUUCCCUGUCAAAAGUUCCYGUCAUCCAGUUCGUACCCAUUUACUGUCAUUUUCCAAUCAGAUGCGUUGGUUGUGAUUGACAUUCACUCCCACUUGUCUACUACUGAAGUGAUUGGUUUGCUCGGUGGAACGUACUCCGUUGCUGAACGCGUAUUAAAGAUUCUUCGCGUAGCUCCAUGUAAAAGUCUUAGUACAGGCAUGCAAUGUGAGAUGGACCCUGUAUCUCAGACUCAGGCCUCAGAAGAGCUCGCAUCUCUUGGUCUGUCCGUUGUGGGCUGGUACCAUUCACAUCCUACUUUUGCCCCCAGUCCCUCUGUAAGAGACAUUGAAACRCAGGGAAAAUUCCAGGAAUGGUUUGGUAAAGGUGGCGCMCCAUUCGUCGGAGUCAUAGCAAGCCCCUAUAACUACAGCAACAUAUCCAAUCAAUCACAGAUCACCACCUUGACUGUUAGCAACGAGUGGGAUGUCACUGACCAGUACAGACUACCGUACGAAUUUGAUUACAACAUCCAGGAUGAUGCAACCGACUGGCCAACGGUGAUGGACUGUAUAAGUAAACUAGAGACACAGUACAGAUGCUACGAAUUUCGAAUGCCAAUGACAAGACAGUACAGUUCAUCAGCCUUCACGGCACUAGACAAACUUGUUGAGUCCAUACGACCGCGUCUGAAAGGUAGAGAUCAUGACCAGCAAGAAUUUAUCAAUGAAUUGAGAAACAUCUUCAUAUCAGAUGAUGAAAUCUGGUCAAAAGAACGUCAAGAGAAUGUAACAGAACUGUAAUAGCCUUUGAUACCCACCAACCUAUCACAAAUCCAGCAUUCUGAUUGGCUACUGAGCCAUGGUAUAUUGAUAUUCAUGAUAGAAGAUCAUCACAUCGAAUUUAGCAAGAAUAGUCGAAAGAAUGUCGAGAAAUUGUUCUUURUAUUCUUUUGUCAAAUUUGACCUAUAGUUUGGUGGAUACUAAGACAAUCAUACCACUCGGACUUGUGAAGUACGAGUUGAYACGGCCUCGUGGACUCAACUCGUARUCCACUAAAUCUYGUGAUAGAAUUAUAAUUAUUCUAGCUAUACUUGCUCUGUAGACAUAUCCASAAGUUGAAUUGCAUCAUGGGAAUAUUUAUUGAUAUUAACAGUGUAUGAAAUAUUUAAAAUGAAAAUUCUAUUUACUUCA